UACGUUCCUGCUGACUAGAAGCACAUGACAACGGGUGUUUACACCUGCAGUGACAGACAGCGCAGUGACUGUGUCACUGACAGGGAAGCCUUUUUGUUUAAAUCGAGACAACAAGGAACAUUGUGGUGCGAAGUUGUUGUCUAGCGGGCACUCACUGAGUCUUGGCAUCCCAUCUGUACCCCAAGAGGGAAGCGACAUCCUCAGGCACAGGCUCCAGGAAGCCAGCCCUCUUGUUGUCCACCAUGGACGGGACAGAUGUGGAACAGGUGACCCUGGCUCUCCUAGAUGCGGCCACUGAUAAAGACUCAGAGGUCCAGGAGCAGGUCAGAAAGUCUAUAUUGACCCUGGGAAAACAACAGCCAGACAGAGUAUUGGCCAUGUGUCAGGACUACCUUCUGAAACACCCAAAGUUGCUGGUGACUCACAGAGUUGUGAUUCUUCAGACUAUUGAGCUGAUUGUGGGCUGCAGUAUAGAGAAAAUCAGCAACCCCAGGAUAAAGAGCAUCAUUACUUUGGCCUCAGAUGAGAUGACACGAUCAAAGGAAGUCAUCCCUGAUUGGCAGCAGGCAGCCAGUAACAUCUUGGUUGCUGUGGGUAACAAACACAUCAAUGACAUCAUGGAGGAGAUACUAAGCAAGUUUCAGCCAGGGCUCCUACCUCACUUUUUUGUGGUACAGACACUAGCCAACCUUUCUGACUCCAAUGUUUACGGCAUGGUGCCCUUCCUGAAUGCUAUUCUGGGCACUAUGUUGCCUAUGUUAUGCAUGGCCAAACAGGAUAACAUGAAGUGGGUCUUCUCUUCUGCUCUGUGUCAUUUCAGUGACAGUAUCUUGGAGUACCUUGCCAACCUGGACAAGGCUCCAGAUCCCACAGUCAGAAAAGACACAUUCUCCAGUGAAAUCUAUGCUGCUUUUGACAUUCUCUUCAAUAAUUGGUUACAAAGCAGGGAGUCUAAGUUGAGGCUAACAGUAGCUGAGGCAGUGGGCUCUAUGUGCCAUCUGAUGGCCAAUGAUAAACUGGAGGAGCAGAUUCCAAAACUCAUUCCUGCCAUCUUGUCCUUGUACAAGAAAAACAAUGAGCACUAUGUCAUUAGUAAGAGUCUGUGUCAAGUGCUGGAUGCUUCGGUCAACAUGGGCAGCAGGGUGCUGGAGACACAGCUGGACAGUCUGCUCUUAGCACUGCAUCAACAGGUGUCUGCCCCUGUUGAUUACAGCAACCCUCCUACUGUCAAGAACCACAAUGAAGUCCUACGCUGCUUCAGUUUACUAGCUAAUGCCUUCCCAGACCGGCUGGUUAUGUUUGUUCUUCAGAAGUUGGAGAACAGUAAUGAGCGAAGCAGAGUGGGCUCCCUGUCUGUCCUUCGUCACCUCAUCAACUCCACCACUUCCACAAUGGAGAGUAGGAAGCUGCUGAUUCUGGCCAGCAUCAGACAACCAAUGGCUGACCACAGCAACAAGGUGAAGAAGCGUGUGGUCCAGGUGAUCAGUGCGAUGGCUCAUCACGGCUACCUGGAGUUGGAGGGAGGGGAGUUACUGGUUCGAUUCAUUGUUCAGCACUGUGCCUUACCAGACACGUAUCACCGAGGCCAGAGUCCCGCAGAUCCGGAGGAGGUGACAAACGAGGCACUGAGGAUGAUGUGUGACAACACUCUUCAUCUCCUGACCACCACUGUUGGACGACUAGCUGAUGUGCUGUGGCCAAAGCUGCUGUACUAUCUGACUCCUUCUCAGUACAGCAAUGCCACCACUCCUCUGUGCAAGAGUCUGCUAGUGCUGGGUAACAAGAAGAAAAAUAACCAGGAGCCCAACUUCAAAAUAGACUUUACACAGGAAGUCAAUCUGCCCUCUCCUCAAACAAUUUUGGUCAGACUGCUGGUGAAUGCAGCGUUCCCGUUCAGUAACAGAGGUCAUGGAGUUCCAUCCCUCUCUCUGCUUCAAAUUCUCAGUGUCAGCAUCCACCCCAAAACAGAGAUAAUCUGGGAGAAUGAGAUUCCUCCUCUGAUCUCAGUUCUAGAGGAGUCAACAAUGGAGAGCCUGGAUAAGAAGCACUGGAAAGAAAAGUUGCUAAAGCUCUUGUCUAAAACCCUGGCUACUAUGGAUGAUGACAAGUGGGUAUGUCAGUUGGCAGCUGAGGCAACAAGGUACCUCUCCACGUAUAACAACGCCUUAGAGGAGAAGAGUUUCCUGUAUCGAUGUAUAGGAGUGACUCUCCAACAGUGUUUCAAUAAGGAGGUGGUUAAAAAACAGCUUCAGGAAAUCCUCCUCGCAGCGCGACACAAUGAUGCUGUGGAAAGAGAGGGAGUUGCAAUGGGCGUAGGUCUGUGUGCCAACAGCCACUUAGAGGGAACUCUGGCCAAGCUGGAUGAGUUUGGCAAAUCAGACGCCUUCAAGAAGUCACCAAGUAUCUUCAACCUUCUCAAAGAGCGUAAUGAUGUUGAGGUGGAGAAGGUGAAAAGCACAUUAAUCCUGUGUUAUGGUCAAGUGGCUCUGAAUGCACCUCCAGAGAAAAUUCUGAACCGCAUUGAUCAAGACAUCCUUCGUUGCAUCAGUAAACACUUCAACACCAAGGUUCUGGGGAUUAAAGUAGAAACAAAGGACCUCACUAUGAAGCUCAGUUUGAUCCAGAGUGUCGGGCUCAUCGCCAAAGCCAUUAGUGAGUGUGUGAAGAAACAAGGCUACAUCUUCUCUCGCAAACAGGAGCUCAUUAAUGUUAUGCUGGACUUUAUCAAGGCAGAGCCAGCUGAUUCACUGAGGACUCCAGUACGCCAUCUUGUGAUGACUACAUGUGCCAACUUGAUGCCUCUGGACCCUGUGCUGAGUGAGAAUGAGAGCUUUGACUUGCUAAAAGUGUGUGUGAACAGUGUGUUCUCCCUGCCAGCUGAGACGCACACUCCAGAGAAAACUAAGGAAGAGGAGAUACUGGACCCCCAGCAGAGAAAGGCAUUGUACAGAGACACACUGGCUGCACUGCUGGAGCUGCUGAAUAGUGUACUGGCCAGAGAUCCCACACCUGACGGCCUGCAGAGUGUCUUCAAGCACAUUGAACCUUGGCUGAGCUCCGGACAGGACCACGAGAGAGAGAGAGCUGUCACAGCUACAGCUCACAUACUGGCCUAUUACCUGGAUAUCCUGACUGUCAAGAACAUGGUGUCUUUCCACAACCUUGGAGCUCUGCUGGGUCGACUGUCUCCACGAUGUUCUGACCCUCACUUUGCUGUACGCACCGCUGCUAUCGACUGUAUAUACACUCUGCUUUAUAUACAGUUACGCUAUGAAGGUUUCUCCCUUGAUUAUAAGGAGGAAGCUGUGGAUGGUCUUUUGCCCCUAAAAGACCGACUUGAAAACCCUGACCACUCAGUUCUAUAUAAGACCUGCUCCGAUCUCACCAAGGUGAUGAGUAAGCGUCUGCCUCAGGAGCAGCUGACGACGCUGGUGUUCAUGUUGUUUGAAGGGCUGGUUGACAGUCAGACAAACUGCUGCAGAGCUUCCUCUGUCAUCCUAAAUACUCUGCUGAAGAACAGAGGAGGGGGACUACAAGAGCUGGUCCCAGAGAUGCUGGAGGUCCUACAUGUGCGCUUGCAGAGUAUCACAGAGGAGCAGGUGAGAGUUGCAGCAGGACAGACGGUACUAAUCCUGGCUUCUCAGCACCUACACACUGUUGUCAAUACACUAGUUAACCAACCACUUCCAUAUGACAGCUGGACCUGUGAGAUGUGGAUGGCCCUGGGAGCAGACGCCAUUGUAGCCAGUCAGAUCAUUGAGAUGGUGAUGGAGAAGCUUGCCAUCAUGGCACCGUACGUAGAGAAGAAAGAGUCAAUGAUCAGGGGAGGGACAAUAAAGGUGGCCAACCAUCAGCCACUGGCUAUGACGUGUGGACUCAAAGAACUGUUAUUAAACGGUCAGAGUCAGGAGCCAGCAGUCACUCUGUUUCCACAGCUUUUCUCGUGUCUUACUGUCAGACUGGGGGCAAGUGUUGGUGUCUCAUCACCAAAGGACAACACUAAACAUGCUGCUUCUGUUCAUGUAGCAGGGGUAGCAGCUGAUGCCUUGCGAAUCUUGUUAGCACGGGCCCAGUUAGAUGAGGUGAUCAAAAGACUGGAUGAAGAUAAGGCCUUGGAUGCAAUAAAGGAACCAAAUACACACAUUACUGGCGUUACACUACUGGCAAGAGCAAUGUCAAAGCAUGCUGGUCCCAAACUGCCUGCCAUUGUGGAGUGUCUGUGUCCCUCCCUGAACAACAUCUACGAGUGCCAGAGAAUCACUGUGACUGCUUUCUUCUCUGAGCUGUUAAACCAUCACGUGGUGACAGAGUUGAUGUUGAUAGAUGUGUUAAUGAACAACAUGAUGGAGAGGAUAUCAGAUCCCUGUUGCACUGUCCGCAUGUUGUCUGUUCGGGGGCUGGGAAAUAUAGCCGUGGGAUCACCUGAAAAGGUGAAUAAAUAUGCCAAGGAGCUCCUGGCAGCCAUGAGUUCAGGCAUGGAGGAGAAAGAUGAUCCAGGUAAGCUGAUUACGCUUGAAGCCAUGUCAGGUCUUUCUAAAGUCCUCCUCUAUCUGGACAAAAAGAAUGUACACUUACUGGUGGUCUACAUCUUCAUGAAAAUCAAACCAUUCUUGGAAAGUGAGAAUGAUGACAUCCGCUGUGCUUCCAUCUAUCUAAUGGGGAACCUGUCCAAGUUUGGCUCAGGGGAGCCAGUGUUCAAAGACCAGAUCCACAAUGUUCUGGUCAGCCUGCUAUUGCACCUGGCAGACCCAAACCCACAGGUGGUCAAGGCGUGUAAGUAUGCAAUGCGAGUGUGUGCUCCUGUGGUGGGAUCAGAGCAGAUCUCAACCAUGUUUCAGAAUCACCUCCAUGAGGACAAGAGCUUGCACUAUGGAGAGUUUAUCAAUGACCUCACUAAGUACCUGAUUCAGGACUUUCCCGGCAUGCUGAACUUUUAUCACAUCUCAGUUGUCCAGUUCUUCAAGAGUAACUGGCCUGAGGUCAGAGCAGGAGCUGCCAUGUUUAUAGGUUUUCUACUGGGGAAUCUUCCAGAGGAGCAUUUCUCUCACCUCAACAUGGGGACCAUCACUAAAGGUUUAGUGAUGCUGCUCCAAGAUCCAGAUCCUGCGGUGAGAGUGAAGGCUGCUGAGGCUAUGGGACAUUUCCCCUGACACUCAAAGACAAAGACCUACAUUUAAGUGUGUGUUUCUUUUCGUCACAAGCAGUAGGUCACCACUACAUAAAACCAUGAAAAAAGGAACAUUUAUGAUUUAGCCACACAAUUUACUAAAACUGCAGCUUUGUUUAGCUUCUUCCAACUCUCAGCUAUGGUACUUGAAAGGAAGUGUUAUUUCUUAACUAUACUUUAGUGACCAAAGACUGUGUUGCUCUUUACAGAUAGAUGUUGUCUGUAGCAUCUAGCCUUCUGUCAGUGUGACAAAUGACAGGUAUACUGUGUUCUAGCAAUGAAAUAAAACGUGCAAUGAGAAUAAUGAAAAGGUUAAACACACAUUUGAACUUGAGAAAAAUGUUAUUUUGUAGAAUAAAUAUAGUUUCUUCAAAUAUUAUGUGUGAAUAAUAAUAAUGCACAUUUAAAGAAGAUGACAACAAUUUCACAUAACUGGCUGGUAGCUAAAGUGUGUGUGUAGUCAUACCAGCAUUUUGUAAAAGUGUUGUAGUGGAUGCUGGAUUUAGUUUUAGACCAGAUCUCUUCUAGAUGUCGUUCCACUGUGGUGGGCUUGGUUUCGAUGUCCUUAAAGACCCUUCCCCUGCUUAACUUGGCAUCCCUCUUUUGACAGUUCAGCUGUUUGCCCUCCAAUGGAUCGUUUUAAGGCAGUUAAAAGUGCAUUAAAUGAAUAAGUCAACAGAAUUAUUAGUUGGAAAAAAGAACUUCCAAAAAUGUUGAAUGCACAAGAACUACAGCAGCAAACUUUUGUUUGCAAGUUUGUUUUAUGGUUUGUACUUAUGUGUGAAGGAAAUAAUCGACAGAAGACAGUGUCACUGCUGCUCCAGUAGUUCAGGUCAUCUAGCUGGCUUUGUCAAAUCAUCUAGCAAUAACCAGUUAGUAACUAUUUUUACCACUUUUUGAACCUCAUGGGCUCUAAGCCAUAACGCCGUUGUUUCUAAAUCACUGCCACUGCUACAGCUAAAUGGCCACACUGCAAACUUCCUGAUGUGUCAUUUCUUUGGUUCACCUCAGACAGCUGCUCUGAACAAUGUCUUGUUUUCAUCUGCACAUAUUUUAUGAUUCAGUUUCACAUUAUGAACCACAAGAGUUUUCCGCCAUGCUUUGUAGGAACAUUGAUUACUGCUAGAACAUUUCCCGGUGGCAGCCAUCGUAAAUCCACUGGCCAAAUACCUGUUCAGAACCAUCGUAAUGUAGUGACCACUUUUCUCUUUCAUUCAUGCUUUACAUCUCCAUGUAAUGCAUGAUUCUGUUAGAGGUGAACUUUGCUUUGUGUUAGCCAGGUCAAACUUACGGAUGACUUAACUCUCCGAACCUUCCAGUUUAUUAAAUAUCAGUGUUGUCAGGCAGAACAGACUGUAUGUAGCCAUGAUGAACACAGUUAGUGCCAAAUAUUAAUUCAUAAUAAAUCGACAUAAAGAGCACUAGAGGUGGCUUUAAUGAUUUUCUCUUCCUCUCUUUGAUUGCACUUAAUAUUGUGUCAUUAUUCUGCUAAAGGGGAGUUUGUACAGUUUUAGGGCACAUUUGUGGGUUUGCAGUCCUAGUGCUAUCAUGUAAAUAUGUGUGAGUGUUGUAUUAUGUAAGGAUGUUGGUACAUGUUAUAUAAGCCUUGAUGUCUCCAAAUUAAUUCACUCAAAUGCCAACAAGGAAGGAGGCAAAAUAUUCCAUUACAUGUCCCCAUUUGGUGACGAAAAACAUCCUAUAGAGAGUCAGGUGAAAGUAGUGUUUGUGUCCUUCAAUAUUUCUGUUGCACUUUCAAGCUCUGCAAUGUAGUCCCUGAUUUUAGAACUGAAAAGCAAACUAGGAGCUGAAACUAUAUUUUUACCCUUUGAAAGCUGAAAAAAGCUGGUUUCAGCUAUUGGUUUUUGGUUGUUUUAAAGUGUAAGAAGAAGGCAGAUGUUUUCCCUAAUGUGAUAUUUCUUUGUGGGUAGAAGAAAAGCUAAUAUUCACACUGUAAAUCUAUCACUCAAAUAUGAAAUGCUGCUCCUGUAUCUGUUUUUGUUGUCUUAGAUGUUCUCCAAACAGGGACUCAUGGCUUCCAGCACUUUCUAACACUAUGGCUUGUUUAGGGUGAACGGUAAUUAGCAUUGUUCUCAAUUUUUAAAGGUGUCAUGAACUUUAUACCACAGAUAUGAUUUUUCCUGUCAUCUGUCUGUGUGCUGUUGUUUUUUUCUUUUGUUAGUUUGUUUACAUGUUUGGUUUUUUUUGUUUUUUUGUUUUUUAAUAUGUUGAUUGUUAAUGUAUGUCCCAGUAUGUUUGUCACAUGCGGGUGUGAAUGUGUGCCUGUCACUUUCCAUGUGCUACUGGACCAGAAGAGAGAGUGGAUGAUGGCAGUAAAAAUGUAUUUAAAUUAAAGAAAUAAACAAAUGCAUCAAAAUAUAA